CAAAGUACAAUGCAAAGCAUCAAAGAUUCUUUUCCCUUACAGCAGGCCAAGGCGAAGAAGCAGUGGAUGCACUAGCCCAAUCAUGGGAUUUCAGCCUAGCAUAUGUUUUUCCACCUAUCCCUAUGUUAGCAAGAGUGAUCAAGAAAGUUGCACUUUGCUCAACAGAAGUGAUUCUAAUAGCUCCUGCCUGGCCCAGAAGGAGUUGGUACUCCAGCCUCCUCCAACUUUCUGUCAGUCCUCCUUGGCCCCUUCCAGUGAAGGAAAAUCUCUUACACCAGGGACCAAUUUUUCAUCCAAACCCUGCAGCUCUUCAGCUCACAGCAUGGAGACUGAAAGGGAUGUUAUGAGAGCACAAGGGAUAUCUGCACCAGUCAUUGAAGUCCUGUUGCAGAGCAGGAAAGAAAUUACAAAUAAAAUUUAUCAAAGAAUUUGGUCUCAUUUCAGGAAGUGGUGCUCAGAUAAGAAACUAACUCCAGAAGACGUUCCAGUGUCAAUCAUUUUAGAUUUUCUACAUGAUGGCUUUAGGAAAAAAUUAGCUCCAAAUACACUUAAGGUGCACAUUGCGGCCUUAUCAGCAUUCAAGAACAUAUCCUUAGCGGAGCAUCCAUUGAUCAAAAGAUUUGUCAAGGCUGUUCAAAAUAUUAGACCUAAAACAAAUAACCUAACUUCAAAUUGGGACUUAGACAUUGUGUUAAGAGCCUUACAAAAUGUUCCCUUUGAACCCUUGGAAGAAGCUUCCCUGUAUCAUCUUUCCAUUAAAACAGUAUUUUUAGUGGCAAUUUGUUCAGCCAGACGCAUAGGAGAACUGCAAGCUUUAUCAUGUAAAGAUUCGUGUCUACAGGUUUUUCCAGACAGGAUCAUCCUCAAAGCAGAUCCCUUGUUUAGACCUAAAGUCUCAUCUAAUUUUCAUAGAAACUUUGAAGUCAUUCUUCCAGUUUUUUUUGCAGAACCAAGAAAUAAAGUGGAGGGAAAGCUACACUUACUGGAUGCCAGAAGAUGUGUUUUGUUCUAUUUAAACAAGAUGGAUAAAACAGGCAAUAUCCUUAGCCUAUUCUGCUUCAGGGAAGCCAGUACCUCCAAACCUCAAGGCACAUUCUACCAGAGCAGUGUCAGCCUCACAGGCAGAAGUUGGAGGCGUGUCAGUGGACCAGAUAUGUAGAACAGCUUCGUGGGCAAGUUUCAGAACAUUUGCAGAGCACUACCGACUGAACGACUCCCUUAUAAACAAUUUGUUGCGUCUGAUUCAGACAAUGAGACCUCCAGCAAAACCCUCUACAAGCAAAGAAACAGUGAUCAAGCCAAAGAAUGAAAAAGAAAAGCUGAAAGAGUUAUUUCCCGCACUUUGCAGGGCAGAUAAUCCAAGUGUCCGGACCAUGCUAGAUCCUGAUGAUGUAAAAGUGGCUGCAGAUGCACUGCAAGAACUUGAAGCUCUAAUGCCCAAGGAUGAGAGAAGUAGCAAACACAAAGAUAAAAAAAAGAGGAGCCGCAGUCGAAGCCGGGAGAAAGGCAGCAAACACAAACGUAAAUCUCGCUCUAGGUCCCAAAGCAGCAAAAAAACAAAAGACAGAUAUAGAUCACGAAGCAGAAGCCCCAUUAAGGAGCACCGUAACAACGAACACCAUUCUGAUAAAUAUGCCCCUUCUUGGAAAGAGAAGCAUGUUGAUAGACCGCCACCUGAAGAGCCAGCAAUUGGGGACAUAUAUAAUGGCAAAGUGACAAGUAUCAUGCAGUUUGGCUGCUUUGUCCAGCUGGAAGGCUUAAGGAAACGUUGGGAAGGAUUGGUUCACAUAUCGGAACUGAGGAGGGAAGGACGCGUUGCGAAUGUAGCAGACGUAGUAAGCAAGGGACAAAGAGUAAAAGUUAAAGUGCUUUCUUUCACUGGAUGCAAAACCAGCCUCAGCAUGAAGGACGUUAACCAAGAUACUGGCGAAGACCUGAAUCCCAACAGACGCAGAAAUCUUAUAGGUGACAGCAAUGAAGAAGCUUCCAUGAGGAACCCAGACCGACCAAGCCAUCUCUCUUUAGUAAAUGCUCCAGAGAUUGAAGAUGACACCUUAGAAAGAAAACGCCUUACCAAAAUCUCAGAUCCUGAAAAGUGGGAGAUUAAACAGAUGAUUGCAGCUAAUGUUCUAUCAAAAGAAGAAUUCCCUGAUUUUGAUGAGGAGACUGGAAUCCUUCCUAAGGUGGAUGAUGAGGAAGACGAGGACCUGGAGAUAGAGUUGGUUGAAGAAGAGCCUCCGUUUCUUAGAGGACACACAAAACAGAGCAUGGACAUGAGCCCUAUAAAAAUAGUAAAGAAUCCUGACGGCUCCCUCUCUCAGGCUGCCAUGAUGCAGAGUGCUCUGGCAAAGGAGAGGCGAGAAAUGAAGCAAGCUCAAAGAGAAGCUGAGAUGGAUUCUAUACCUAUGGGAUUGAACAAACACUGGGUAGAUCCUUUGCCUGAUGCUGAUGGAAGACAAAUUGCUGCUAAUAUGAGAGGUAUUGGGAUGAUGCCAAAUGAUAUUCCAGAAUGGAAGAAGCAUGCUUUCGGUGGCAACAAAGCAUCCUAUGGAAAAAAGACGCAGAUGUCAAUUGUGGAACAGAGGGAAAGUCUCCCCAUUUACAAGCUGAAGGAGCAGCUUGUGCAGGCAGUGCAUGACAACCAGAUUCUCAUUGUUAUCGGAGAGACCGGCUCAGGUAAAACAACCCAAAUCACCCAGUAUUUGGCAGAAGCUGGUUACACGACCAGGGGGAAAAUAGGCUGCACCCAACCAAGAAGAGUGGCUGCAAUGUCAGUUGCUAAGAGAGUGUCAGAAGAAUAUGGCUGCUGUUUAGGACAAGAGGUUGGAUACACUAUUCGAUUUGAAGAUUGUACAAGUCCAGAGACAGUCAUAAAGUACAUGACUGAUGGUAUGUUACUGAGAGAGUGCCUUAUAGACCCCGACCUGACACAGUAUGCCAUAAUCAUGUUGGACGAGGCUCAUGAGAGGACAAUUCAUACAGAUGUGUUGUUUGGUCUCCUUAAAAAGACUGUACAAAAGCGGCCAGAUAUGAAGCUCAUUGUGACCUCUGCAACACUGGAUGCAGUCAAAUUCUCCCAGUAUUUUUAUGAGGCACCAAUUUUCACCAUUCCCGGUCGGACAUACCCUGUUGAGAUUCUUUAUACCAAAGAGCCAGAGACAGACUACCUGGAUGCCAGUCUCAUUACGGUCAUGCAGAUACAUUUGACAGAACCACCGGGGGAUAUUUUAGUAUUCCUUACUGGACAAGAGGAAAUUGAUACUGCUUGUGAAAUUCUUUAUGAAAGAAUGAAGUCUCUUGGACCUGAUGUGCCAGAGCUGAUUAUCUUACCUGUUUAUUCAGCAUUGCCCAGUGAAAUGCAGACAAGGAUAUUUGACCCAGCACCUCCUGGAAGCAGAAAGGUUGUGAUUGCUACUAACAUUGCAGAGACCUCCCUAACUAUUGAUGGAAUAUAUUAUGUGGUGGAUCCAGGAUUUGUGAAGCAGAAAGUUUACAACUCCAAGACAGGAAUUGAUCAACUCGUAGUAACACCAAUUUCCCAGGCACAAGCUAAACAGCGAGCUGGGAGAGCAGGAAGAACAGGACCUGGCAAGUGUUACCGGCUUUAUACUGAACGAGCCUAUCGGGAUGAAAUGCUGACCACUAAUGUACCUGAGAUCCAAAGAACCAACUUAGCAAGUACAGUUCUGUCACUCAAGGCUAUGGGAAUCAAUGAUUUACUCUCAUUUGAUUUUAUGGAUGCACCCCCAAUGGAGACACUGAUCACUGCUAUGGAGCAGCUGUACACACUUGGUGCACUGGAUGACGAAGGACUUCUUACACGCCUUGGCCGUAGAAUGGCAGAGUUUCCUCUGGAGCCAAUGCUGUGUAAGAUGUUGAUCAUGUCUGUCCAUCUUGGCUGUAGUGAGGAGAUGUUAACCAUCGUCUCAAUGCUUUCAGUUCAGAAUGUGUUCUACAGACCCAAGGACAAACAAGCUCUCGCAGACCAGAAAAAGGCAAAGUUCCACCAGACAGAGGGAGAUCACCUGACACUACUCGCCGUUUAUAAUUCCUGGAAAAACAAUAAAUUUUCCAAUCCCUGGUGCUAUGAAAAUUUCAUUCAGGCUCGUUCCCUACGCCGGGCUCAGGAUAUCCGGAAACAGAUGUUGGGAAUAAUGGACAGGCAUAAACUCGAUGUGGUAUCUUGUGGAAAAGCCACUGUGAGGGUACAGAAGGCAAUAUGCAGUGGGUUUUUUCGAAACGCAGCAAAAAAGGACCCUCAAGAGGGAUAUCGGACUCUCAUAGACCAACAGGUUGUCUACAUUCAUCCAUCCAGCGCCCUUUUCAACAGGCAGCCAGAAUGGGUUGUGUAUCAUGAACUUGUCCUGACUACCAAAGAAUACAUGCGAGAAGUGACCACCAUAGAUCCCCGCUGGCUUGUAGAAUUUGCCCCGGCCUUCUUUAAAGUCUCUGACCCAACUAAGCUUAGCAAGCAGAAGAAACAACAGAGGCUGGAGCCUCUCUACAACAGAUACGAGGAGCCCAACGCUUGGAGAAUUUCCAGGGCAUUCAGAAGAAGGUGAUGGGUCUCGGCAGAGAGACAAAUAUCUGGCGGAAUAUGUUGCUGCUUUACAAGACUCAUGUAGAGAAGUGGGAAUUAUUUUCGUGGCUGUAAUAUAGUAUAUAUAUAUUUUUUUCUUUGCCAAUGUAACAUUAUUAUGUUAAACUCUUUUUCCUGACUAUUGUAAACUGCCCCCUUUAUAUUGGUGAGCAUAGGUUGUUUUAAAUUCUCAGAUGGUUAAUAUAGGCACCUUUGAGGAUAAGUAGUCAGAUUUUUUGUAACAAACGUAUUCCGUUGGUAUAAACAGACUUCCUCAAUAAGAAACCAUGUUUGAACUGCAAGGAAGAGAUUUAUACUGAUAGAUAUCCCAGGACUGGCUUACUACUGGUACUACUGUUGGCCUGAAAAUUUCUUUAAUAUCUGUUGUCGUGAAUGCAAGUUUUAUUUUUAAUAAAUCAUUCUGUGGUUUUAC